UGACUGCUUGAAUAGGUGACCUUGGCCCCGUCUGUUUCCUUCAGGGCUUGGCUACAACGAGGAGCAGAUUCACAAGCUGGAUAAGGUGAAUUUUAGUCAUUUAGCCAAAAGGCUCCUGCAGGUGUUCCAGGAGGGGCGUGUGCAGCAGUACCAGGCGUCCCUGGUCACGCAUGGCAAGAGAAUGAGGGUGGUGCAUGAGACCAGGAACCACCUGCGCCUGGUGGGCUGCUCCGUGGCCGCCUGUAACACAGAAGCCCAGGGAGCCCAGGAGGGCCUCAGCAAGAUCCUUGACUGGCUAUCUCAGCAGCUCCUGCAGGACAGAACAAAGGGGGCUCAGGCCUCACCACCCCCUACUGUUCCUUAUACUAGCCCUGCACUAAAGGACCUGGUUCUCCACAUGCAAGAGCUCUGCAAGGAGAUGAAGGUGCUGGCGUCUGACCUCCAGGACAACAACCGCGUCAUCGAAGGGUUAAGUAGGGUCCCAUCGGCUCCUGACAUCUGAACUCUGGGGGGUGCAUGAGGAAUCCUGAAGCAUUAGAAUCGUUCAGACACUGCUCUCCUGCCUGCACUGGGGGACCCAACACAGGACGAUACCUGGUCACAUCUCAUCAGCCUACCUCUCUCCUGCCUGACGGCCAGGAGAUGUUGCCAGCAUUACCUUCCACUGCCUUUCUUCAGGAAGCAGCACAGCAGGACCUGGGGCACCAGGCCAUCUCUGGAUCCUGGCCCCACUGCCCGGGCUGACCUUUGCAUCUUACGUAGGCUCAGGUACAGCUUCUCUGUUGCCCUGGCCUGUAUAGCUGAACCUGGCUGGGCUGUGGGGAGAAGAGGCUCCGAAAGCCCCUCCCUCCCACCCCCCGCUCUGGUUUACAGGGCUUUGCUCCUCAGGGAACAGAAGAGGAGAGGUCCUGGGGUCAAACGACCUCAUCUCAGUCUUCCUUGCUCUUAAGGUGUUCUACGUUGAACACACAGCCCUCUCCCUGCUCCCGCGAUAUCUGAGGGUUAACACACGUGGCCCCAGGCAUGACAGAGCCCAAGUUCCCUUCUCCUCUGGUCUGGCUGAGCCUAAGGUUGAGAAAGCAGGUGGUCGAGGCUGGGUGCCAGUGUCUCGGGGACCCUUUCCCCUGUCCCUCUGAGGCACCACCAGGUUCUGGGGUUUGUAGCCAGCGGUGUCAACAGUAGCCGUGCCAAUUAGCACAGGCCCGUAAGUCCAGAGCUCUGAGGAAAUCAAGGCCUGCACCUUCAAGAAGUGAAAUAAACUUGACAUUCUUUUC